GAAUACCCAGUACCUUCAAAAAAAGGCAGACAUAUGUAGAUUACCAAGACGUUUUCUAGUUUAACUUCAUUGAGUAACGGAAGAUAUGGGAAACCAGAGCCUCUCCACCAUUGGUCUUGUUUUCUGUUUUAUUUCAUUAACAGUGUACAUUCAAGGAACUGUUGCACAGGGAUGUUUCUCAGAUGACGCUCUCACCUGCAGUACUAACUUCGUCAAUGCUGUAAAUGCUUAUGGAGCUGAUGCAAACAAUUAUGAAAAAAUUUGCAGUGCAGCUCACCAAUUUCUUGAUUGUAUAAACAAAGUGUUGACUACCUGUACCAUGGACAGCCCGUCGCGUAAUACUGUAAACCAAUACAUGAACCAAGCAAGACAAGCGCUCAACCAAUACGGGUGCGGUGCUGCAGGCCUUUUUAUCAGUCUGUCGGUCAUGGCUUUAGGACUUGCGUUUACAUACACUUUCAAAAGGUUCAAUGAUUGAAAUGAUUUUGAACCAUGUUUAUACACACUUUUGUAUGCACAAUCUAGGCUUCAUCAAACGAAUUUAUAUAUUUGUUAUCCUUAUUUGUAGAAAAAUUACUUACUUAAAUGAUUGUGCAAAGUUUAUGUGAAAACGGAAGAAAAAAAUUAAUUUGUUUUAAUUAAAAAAAUUUA